AUGUCUUCCAACUAUACUACCACUUCCCCUUCGUCCGUUCCAAUAAUGAUUGCUCCACCAUCGAACCUCUUGCCGAAAACAUUAGGUGCGAUGCUUCUUGGGGCGCUUUUAGCUUCGAUGUUUGGAGGCAUGGUGAAUCUUCAAAGCAUGCUUUACUACCGUUCGUACAAGAAAGACCCUGCGGCAAUGAAGGUGAUGAUUUUAGCGAUUUGGGUUCUCGACAAUAUCCACACUGCCUUCAUAUGGUGCGCCGUCUGGUUCGCCGCUGUAGAGAACUAUGGCCAGCCAGCAAAGCUUGACCGCAUACCCUGGCAAGGGUACUGCAGGUUCUUACCCCUAAUCGUAAUAACGACUGCAACGAUAACUGUCCUCACCCAUGGCUUCUUUGCGCUGCGAAUCUUCCGCCUGAGCAAGAAGAACUGGUUCAUGGUCUUACCUGUCCUUACUCUCACCGUCCUCAGACUCGUCUCCGCCUCCAUUACCACCGUUAAAAUGUUUGCUUAUCCGACUUUCUCACUUUUCCGGAUCCAUGGACGUUGGAUCUUUACCCUUGGACUUGCGGUAUCGGCCGUCCUGGACGUCCUCAUCACCGGUCUUCUGGUCUUUCUCUUCCAGACAAAUCGGAAGGGUACCGAUCAGAUGAACCAUAUUUUGGAUCAGCUGAUCUUGUAUGGAGUUGAGGCUGGUUCACUGACUUGCUUGGGAACGGUUGCCUCUAUGCUAUUCUGGUUACUGGAACCCAACAACCUCAUUUUCCUGGGGAUCUACGCUGUUAUCGGGAAACUCUAUGCCAAUUCCCUCCUCGCAGCUCUCAACACCCGGAAUAGCAUCAGGCAACACCAACAAGCCUCAUCUGUCAAGGGUAGAGAAAGCCCCGCGCCGUUGCUGUAUCUUAGUCGGCCGUCUCAGCGACCGUUUACUAAUGCUUCGACCCCUUCACCAUAUCUGAAAGACGCGACACUUCGUUCCGCUACCAUCAACACGGAAACGCAGACAAAGCUGUGGUUAUGA